CGCGCACUUCGCAGCCGCAGCCGCCGCACGCCACAGCCCGCCAUGCCGCUGCUACUGCUACUGCUGCCGCUGCAGCUGCAGCUGGCGCGCGCCGCCACCUUCACCGUCGACGGCAGCCUCGCCGCUGUCGACAGCGACUGCUACGAGCGCACGGCGAUCGGGCAGCGGCUGCCGGCCUCCCUGGUGCGCCGCACUGCUCCCAUACAGCUGGUGUCAGACUGCGAGGCGCAGUGCGACCGGGACCUCGACAAGUGCAACGCCUUCAGCUUUGGCGUGAGCAGUGCGGGCAACGGCAGCUGCGAGCUGUCGGAGAGUGUGCCGUCGCGCGGCGCGCUGGAGGAGCACCCCGACUACGACGUGUACGUCCGCAAGGAGGAGUGCCGCGUGCUGCCCCGGCCACCGUCGCCGCCGCCUCCGCCCGCCUACCCCGACUACGACCACGACCACGGCCUCGACGACCGUUUCGACAACGACUGCUACCAGCUGCUGGGCGUCGGCGAGCGCCUGGCGCCGGACCAGGUGCGCAGCUCGCUGCCGCUGCAGUCGCUCGCCGCCUGCCAGCACGCCUGCUCCACCCAGCGCCGCUUCUCCUGCCACGCCCUCGCUUUCCGGAGGGUUGAUGGCGGCGUGUGCGAGCUGUCGUCUGCGAGGCCGCCGGAGCUGCGGCUGCUGCGAGACGUGCGCUUCAGCGCCUACCAGCGCGAGACCGGGGCAGCCUGCACCGACCCGCCGCCCACGCCGCCCGUCGACGUGUACCCCUACCCGCCUCAGUACCCGCCACAGGACCUGCCGCCUCGAGACUGCUUCGUCCGAGCGCGCGUCGGCUUCCGGCUGGACCGGUCUGUGGUGCUGGCUCAGCUGGAGGGUUCACUGAUCGCCUGCGAACACGCCUGCCUCGUCGAGCAACGUUUCCCCUGCCUCUCCUUCAGCUACAGGUACAGCGUGGAGGCGCGGGUGCCCCAGAGCCGCUGCAUGCUGAGCGACGUGGAGCUGCGCCGCAUCGACCCGUACACGGCGCUGGUGCCGGACCGCGACUACGACAUUUACUCGCGCGAAUGCCCAGUGGACGUCGGCGGCGGCUACGGCCACGACCGCCACGACCACGACUACGGGCGGCCUCCAGUGCCUGCCCCAGCGCCGCCGCCCCCGCCGCCACCGCCAUUGCCUCCACUGCCGCCAUCGCAACCCGAUGCAGACUGCUUCUGGAGGGUGCGCAGCGGCCAGAGGCUGCAUCCCUCCGUGGUGCGGGACUCGCUGAGCGCCCACUCGCUGGGCCAGUGCGAGCGUGACUGCCUCAACGCGCGCUUCUUCACCUGCCGCACCUUCAGCUUCCGCUACGGCCCGCCGGUGAUCGGCGGCCCGUUGGAUAACUGCCAGUUGUCAGACUGGCCGGCGGCGGAGCUGCGCCCCCUGCGCCAACUGGUGGACGACCUGGAGUACGAGCUGUACGAGCGUGGCAGCUACGGCCGCGGCUGCGAGCCGCCGUUCCCCAUUCCGCCACCACAGCCGCCGGUCCAGCCGGGCGUCGGGGGUCGCGAGCCGCCGCUGCUCCGGGACGAAGCGUGCUACGUCAGCUACGGAGCCCCGGCGCAGCUGCUGCCACCGGUCGUCAAGAAAGUCCUCAAUGUCCCCACGGAAAUGAUCUGUAGGUCGGAAUGCACACGCGCUAGAGAAAAUUUCGAGUUCUACUGUGCAUCUCUGAGCUUCGGGAUGACGCGUGGUGGACGUCCUGCUAAUUGUCUUCUGAGUGACAUUGAACAAAGAGACCUUCGUCCAGGGAUUGACUUCGUUCACGAAGAAGAUAACUGGCUGUUUGCCUGGAACUCCAGAGAUCCAGUUUGCCAGCCUCAGUACCCCAUAAACAAAGAUCCCCCAAUUGAACACAACUACAUACCGCACACGGGCGGCUCGGACACGUGGAGUCGGUUCACGGUGUCGGGGCAGCCGUGCCGGCGUGGGACGUUCUGCAGCCUGAACGUGGCGGGCGGCUUCUGGUCCUGCGAACUGGAGGGCGGCGACGCGGGCGCCUGGGACUACUGCUGUCGCCAGGGACACCACUGCGGCUACUCAGACGGCUACCACUACCCCUGGUGCUACGUUGGAACCUUCAGUACAAAUCAGUGGAGACCAUGCAGUGAACGCUAUUUACCAUAUCCCAGCCAUGGUUCCAGACAUGACUACGGACCACCACAGUACUGGCCAGUUGCAUACUUGCAUAAAGAAUCACCACCAAAUGCCACAUCAAGUUACACAUCAUUGCCGUUUGAGUCAGGUUUUCAUAACUAUGUGGAUGACAGACAGUUGCAUGCUAAAAAUGUAGAUAAAUUCAGGAAUGAUAAUUACAGUAGAAGGCCUUAUAACUCAAAGGAUCAAGGACAUGUAUCUCUCAAAACACAGUCUGAUAUCACAGCUGCAGUAGCGUCCAUAAUUAAAAGCAAAGGUAGUUCUUCAAACUCCUCUCUUGGUGAUACAAACAUUAUACCCUCUUUCGAUGUAGUUGAAGAUACAGAGGCAAUGUCAGAUGCCGGAACAGUAGUUAAGGAUACUGGCAGAAAUUCUAAUCAGAAAGGAAGAAUGAGAGAACCUGGAACUAUCAUCAAGCUUCAACCACGAUAUGUUCAUGAAACUGAUAACAAUAAUAAUGGAAGACUUGCCAGGACCUGGCAGUGGCGAACAGCAGACAUUAAAACUGCACCACAGCCGACAAAGAUAGAGCUCAGGGAACCACUUAUGAAUGAUACAACUCUCACACAUAUCCGAGAUUACAAACAGUAGUGUCCAAAAAUUCUCAACUCCCUACAGGCAAUAAAGAACAUAAUCAAACAAAAUUUAAUAACUGGUGGUCUUUUUUUGCGCAUCCCUGAACGACAUCCGUUGUGUUGCUGUAGACACAAUUUAUUUGACAUCAAGUUCAACAUUUAUCUGUGUUAAAGUAAUACCUUGAGGUGUCUGGAAAGUGGACUGUUUCUCUGUGAUUCACUAAUUAAUAUUUUUUCAUUGAUUGUGAAUGUUAAACAAGUACAGUCUUUUGUACUGUGUAAACUGGUAGUAUGAACUUUUUGUGUUAAACAUAAAAUGGAAAAUUGUGGAUACACAAAGUGUGAAUUUGUUCCAGCACGUCGUUCUACCUGCAAUAUAAGAUUCUUUGAAGUACUCAAAGUGCAGCAUUAGAUUACACAGAAUUAUCAGCUUGUACUAUUAAUUUGAGAAUGCUAAACAGUGUGUUGUUGAAUAAUAUGACAUUUUUGUAUAUGUUCAUGCAUUUCAACAAACAUGAAAUGUCUUCAAAAUAAAAGAAUUUUGUUUUUA